UAACCUUUAGCAUUUAUCCCCAGAAGAAAUGGCCCUAGGUUGUUGUGAAGCUAAAAUGGGAAAUGAAAUUAGUGUUUUUGUGUAACAGUAAGCUCAACAUAUGUAUAAACAUUUGUACAGUUCUUUAGAUACCUUCCAUAUAUUCCCAACUCCUAACUUUCCAACUAUUUGAUGACUCUAAUAUGCUUCUCAAAUGUUUUGAUACUCUCACUUCUCUCAUGAUAAGUACUCUCUGACUUUAGUUUACCCCUGGGAAAAGGGGUAUGGUAAUAACCCCUUGUCUUGUUUUCCCUGUAUGGUUCCUACCUUUGGGGGAUCAUGCUUCACAGCACUGAGAGUAGUUAUGUCCAUAAGUUCUGGGUUGAAAUCCAGAUUUUUCUUAUUAGUUGUUGGGUACAACUAGUUUCAUUACCCUAAUUUAGUCUCUUGUUUCCUCAACUAUAAAAUGUGAAUGACAAUAAUAAUGUAUAUCAUAUCUGGAUUGUUGUUAAGUUUCAAAUGACACAGCCUAUCAAUUUGGCAUAGUAAUUAUCACACGGGAAUUGAUAUGUGUUGAUUGUUCUUAUCAUAGUUAUUCUGCCAGCAUGUUUUGUCUAAAACCUAAAUUUGCCUUGGCCUAUCCCUACUUAAAUUUUAACUAAGGCUAACAGAGGUAAGAUGCUCUGCAUAUGUUAGAAGCCUACAUGCAGAGAAUGUGACUCACCUCAUAUUAUGGCCUCAACCUCCCUUUAUAUCCUCCCCACCUUGCAAUCCUUGCUUCUUCCCUCUCUUUCUAACCUGACCUGUCAUUUCCCUGUCCAGGAAUCCAAGUGUGACUAUGUUUCCAAAGGGCACUAGUGUUUGGCAUGUACCAUCCUCAUCUUUCUAGAAUACUAUCUCUUUUUGCUCUAACAAAAACUUCCCCUUCUUCAAAUUUUUCCUCCUCUCAAACUAUCUUUGCUUCUCCCUGGAAAAUUAACAGCCUUCCUGCUACUACACAGUGUAUCUAGAAAUACACUGAAUUUACUCUGCAAUUACUCUGUGAAUUUCUCUAGGUCAGGAGCCCUCUUUAAAUCAGGUGUAAGUUUCAGAAUGCCUAGAACAUAGUAAAAAUGUAAUAUAUGCUACUUAAUAAACGAAUACACGCCUAGCCCAGAGUAUCCUACCACCUCACUUGUGUUGCAUUAUGACUUUCACUUGAUUCAAACAACACCGACCCAAACCUACUGGUCAACAGAGGUUGGACCCUCUGGGGUUUUCAGAGUCAGAGUCCCGUUCCGGGUCACUGGUACAAGCUAAGCUGCUGGCAGUGUAAGAAAGAGGCUUUCCAUACUAGAAAGAAGAGAAAAGCGGGACUUGCUGCAGAUGGCUCUAGAAAAAUGAUUCUCUGCCCAGAGCAGCUCCCUCCCCAGCCAUUCUGGGAGUGGUUUAGAAAGGAAAGGGGAGGACAGCAGGGCAGAGAGCUGAAAAGUUGAUCAGCCUCACCCUAUCCCCUUUCCACGGAGAAACAUUAUCUAAACCAGGUGUUCUAACUCGCCUCCGAAGGGGGUCGUGAUUCUUCAGCGCCUAAAUAUAUCCUGAAUUUCCUCUGUCCCCUUUCUACGUCUUCUAGGGCUUUCCCUUUCCACUCUCUCCUGGAUGCCCCCCUCCCAACUCCUCUCUCACUGGCUACCAGAGAACCCGCUCCAGAAUUCCCCGUUCUAGGACCUCCGCGAUUGUCAAGGAAAGAUGCAAAUCACAGGCAGCCUUAGACCACUGAGAACGGAGUAAAAAAUCAGAUUGUUGGCAGAAGGGAAAGAAACAUAGCAUGCCCCAGUGCACGAGGAAAACUACAUAUUCACAUGCCCUACGAUCGCCGAUCUCCGGGCUGGAGACAGCAGGUUGCCUCUGACUACCCAGAGAACGCGGAGCACCUCAAACAGGAACUUUAAAGGGACUGAAAUCUGUUGCCUGUUCCACUAGGAAUAUUGUUUGCAAGGCACAAGGUGUCUUUUGGUAGUGAGCACCCUCUGCGCAUGCGCAGGUCCAUUCGGGAUUUACUGCCCAGCCGCUGACUAAGUUGCAUUCCUUGGAUCUUCGCAGAAAAGACAAUUCUUUAAUCAGAGUUAGUAAUGUGGACAGUACAAAAUCGAGAGAGUUUGGGGCUUCUCUCUUUCCCAGUGAUGAUUGCCAUGGUCUGUUGUGCACACAGUGCCAAUGAACCCAGCAACAUGUCAUACGUGAAAGAGACAGUGGACAGAUUGCUUAAAGGAUAUGACAUUCGCUUGAGGCCGGACUUUGGAGGGCCCCCCGUGGACGUCGGGAUGCGGAUCGAGGUCGCCAGCAUAGAUAUGGUCUCCGAAGUGAACAUGGAUUACACCCUCACUAUGUAUUUCCAGCAGUCCUGGAAAGACAAAAGGCUCUCUUAUUCCGGAAUCCCACUAAACCUCACCCUAGACAACAGAGUAGCUGACCAACUCUGGGUACCAGACACCUACUUUCUGAAUGACAAGAAAUCAUUUGUGCAUGGGGUCACAGUGAAAAAUCGAAUGAUUCGACUGCAUCCUGAUGGAACCGUUCUCUAUGGACUCCGGAUCACAACCACGGCUGCUUGUAUGAUGGAUCUUCGAAGAUAUCCUCUGGAUGAGCAAAACUGCACCCUGGAGAUAGAAAGUUAUGGUUAUACCACUGAUGACAUUGAGUUUUACUGGAACGGAGGAGAGAAAGCAGUAACUGGAGUUAAUAAAAUUGAGCUUCCUCAGUUUUCCAUUGUUGACUACAAGAUGGUGUCUAAGAAAGUGGAAUUCACAACAGGAGCAUAUCCACGAUUGUCAUUAAGUUUUCGUCUAAAGAGAAACAUUGGCUACUUCAUUUUGCAAACCUACAUGCCUUCUACGCUGAUCACAAUUCUGUCUUGGGUGUCAUUUUGGAUCAAUUAUGAUGCAUCUGCAGCCAGAGUCGCACUAGGAAUCACCACAGUGCUGACCAUGACAACCAUCAGCACUCACCUCAGGGAGACCCUGCCAAAGAUCCCUUAUGUCAAAGCAAUUGAUAUUUAUCUGAUGGGUUGCUUUGUGUUUGUGUUCCUGGCUCUGCUGGAAUAUGCCUUUGUAAAUUACAUCUUUUUUGGUAAAGGCCCUCAGAAAAAGGGAGCAAGCAAACAAGAUCAAAGUGCCAAUGAGAAGAACAAACUGGAGAUGAAUAAAGUCCAGGUUGACGCCCACGGCAACAUUCUCCUCAGCACGCUGGAAAUCAGGAACGAGACCAGCGGCUCCGAGGUGCUCACGGGCGUGAGCGACCCCAAGACCACCAUGUACUCCUACGACAGCGCCAGCAUCCAAUACCGCAAGCCCAUGAGCCGCCGCGAGGGGUACGGGCGCGCCCUGGACCGGCACGGGGUGCCCAGCAAGGGUCGCAUCCGCCGGCGCGCCUCCCAGCUCAAAGUCAAAAUCCCCGACUUGACUGACGUGAAUUCCAUAGACAAGUGGUCCCGAAUGUUCUUCCCCAUCACCUUUUCUCUUUUUAACGUCGUUUAUUGGCUUUACUACGUACACUAAGGUCUGUUUUAACGGUUCGAGCUAGACCACUUUUCUCUUGUUUGUUACCCCGCAGGUCCCCAACAGCGACACUGCUGCGUCUUUUGAGGUAAGAGAUGCAGCCAUCCAAUUGGUUUUAGGUCUUGCAUACUGACUUUAUUACUGCACCAUGUUUACUUCAAGAAAAACAAAACAAAACAAAAAAAAACCAACAACUGUUUUUUUCCAGUCUACCGUGGUCCAGGUUAUCAGCUCUUGAAAGAGCUCUAUUAAUUGUCAUGUUUACAAACAAACACAAAGAGAGAACUUAGAUAGAUAGAUCUUUAGCAGUGUUUCCUAUUUGCCCUGGAUUUUAUUGGUUUAUUUUUUAAAUGAAAACAAAAAGAGGACCUUGCAGUCCCUCUGCACUUCUUCCUGGUAAACUGAAACAAUCUCAUGCUGCCAAAAAAACAACAAAAACAAAACAAAAAACCCCACUACAGUCACAGUUUCUAGGAUCUCAGAAGAAAAAACAAAAGCCAUUGAUAUUUACACAUUUCCAAGAAGAGGAGAAAACCAAAGGAGACUUCCUAGAAAAGUAAGGAAAGUUCCCUUCCUUCUUAAAUUCCCCAGAGCCCCUUGCAGAAAGGCUCCUCGGUUCCAUGGAAGAGGAGGGAGGAUUUGGCAAGGGCUGGUCACGGCUGCUCACACUCGACCUGCCAUCUUCCCCUCACCAGAAGGCUGCAUUUUCUUAGAAACGCGUCUUUCUCAGAAGGCCCCACAAAUGUACAAUGAAUGUUAGAAUCCAGUCUGGUAAAAUUGUAGCCAUUGAGAACAUUUUUCUCUUCUUGAGAAUAAAGAGUUGGGGUGGAGGGGUUUCAACACUUUCUUACUGAAAAUUUCCAAUGAGCAGCCCUGAAUUCACCUCAUGAGUCUGGAAUCCUUUGAGGUUGUUCUGUGACAUUUCCACAGUUCCUUCUCCAGAGAGAAAAAGGAUAUGUGGGAUAAGGUGGUGAGGGCUUUGAAGGAGGGGAUAGAAAGCAAUUAUUGCCUAAGGAAAAAAAAAAUGCCCUUUCUAAAAGGAAGGCAAGAUGUAUGUGCUGUGAAAGGGUGCCUGAGCAGAUACCUGAACUGCCAAAUCUUAAAUCAAAUAGUAUAUAUUCCUUAGCCUUCCAGAGAGCAGUAUCUAAUGAUGACAGGCUCAUCACACAGGCCUCAGCUGACACAUUAUGCUCUGCUCGCUGAGCUCUGAGUUCCCAGCUAUGAAAUGAAUGAUUGAGGAAAUGUAUACUCACCCAUAUGGGUACUGUUCUCCUCCAAAGCCAGAAAGCUUGUGAGGGAGUAAAACUAGAUAAAAACAACAGCAAUGACAAAAGCAGUCGGCUUUUAAAGAUGUGCACCAGCCCUAAAAGUGUAGGCCCAGUCUACACUCAUAGUCACUGUCAUUCCUGCUCUGCCUUAUCUCUGCUCAUGUAUUACUCUGGGUCAUGGUCCUCAUGACCUUCAAUAGUGCAGCACAUUUCUAAACAUGUCUAACCAGCUGCAAUGGAAAUUUUUCCUCUUUUAUGUCAUUUAAACUUUUUUUUUUUUUUUCAGUUUAGGUACCUAAAAAUUCUGUAUAUUCAUUUACAAGGUUGAGGUGAAACCCUACAUUGACCAACCACUGAGAGAGGUGAUUUGGCACCUGAUCCAUGGAUGGGAGAAAAGGUUGAAGUAAUAAUAGGGAAAAAUAUCUCAUUUGAUGAGCUGACUUUCUCCCUAAAGCUGGGGGGCGGGGGAUUUAUGUGUAGAAUAGCACAAGCUGCUGGAAAUUAUAGUCAUAAUUGAAAAGAUAAGACUGAAUUCCUACUGAUGAGUCCAAAGAGAGAAAGAGAGAGUUAUAGGAUAUUCUUUUAGAAAGCAAGAGGAAAGGGGAACUCCCAAAUAAAUGAAUGUGGUAUGGCUGAAGAUAACAUAUAUUAGUAAGAAUAUAAAACCUCCACCUUAACUAGAAAAAAAUGAUCUCAAUGGUUUCAUGAGGAAUUAGUAGAGUUAUGGGGACCAAAUUUUUAUUUAGGUUUUCAGUUGUGUGAACACACUUCCCUGGUCAAAGUAAUUCCCAGCCCGAAAUUCAGUUCAAUUCUUUGGCAGAUGAGAUGCUUUGGCAUGGUAAAAUGCCCAAAUAGGGUAGAUGUGGCCCUGUCAGUGACUGUAAGGUUAAUACUCUUAUUGACCACCCGGGAACCACUGUGUAACCAUUUAUUUUAAACAUAGGAAGAAAAAAUUCUGGCUGGUGCCUAAUAGAAAUGCAUAAUUCUGAUAUCAAAGCUUUUAAGGAUGAAAUGUUAAAUCAGAAAGUAAGUGUCUAUAGUCUAUGUUCCUUAACAAAACAAUCUCUAUUUAUCUGCUCAGAUCAUUCUUGGAAAAGAUUGAGGUAACUUGUAUUUUCAUUAUUAUCUCUAUCUUACCAUUAAAAAUGUGAAAUAUUUUUCCUGUAGUUGUACAUGUAAAACAUCUUCUGAAAACAAAAAAAAAAGAGAGAAUAUUUUGAGCUCUUAUAUUUUAAACUUUGUAAAAUUACAAUUGAAACUAUCCAUUGGACACAAAGUAGUGUCCUCAUCCAGGCAGUACAGAGAUCACAGCCAUGAUUAUGCAUAUUUUAUCAAACAGCUCUGAUUUUAGAGGCAAUGGCAGCCAGAAGGAUAAGACAUUGCCGUGUGUAUAGUUAAUGACUUCUGUUCCCACUCCCUUUUUUUGCACACUUUCCAGACCAAUCCUUCCCUCCUUUGCUCUCCUCUUGGCUAAAUCCUCCUCUUCUAGAUUGAACAAAGCAUGGGGGGAAGAAUUCUUUCUUCUCUGGCUGUCUCCCUUGUCUUGCCCCAAAUGAUGUACAUAAAACAUAAAAGUUGUGAAACAUUCUUAAAUGCCCUCAUAUUGGCCCCCAUUCUUGAAAGAUUCCGAGUAUUACAUUAUACAAGGGUUACUAUUUAAUUACUCUUGGAUUAUUUUCUUUCUGCCAUAAAAAUAGCCAUAAUACUCUAUAUUACUUAAGUGGCAGAAGAGGUUGAAAAUUGCACAGCCUCACUCUCUUAUGCCACAGCCAUGUCCAGGGAAACCCAUGCUCAGUUCAUCAACUGUAACACAAACUGUGUUGAUUUAAUGUGUGCAGAUGCAGCAGAAAUCCCAUUUUUCACUUGACAAUGAUGACUACACACUCAUUCCUUCUAUACAUGUUCCUUGGCUUAAAAUUCAGAGAUGACAUGUAUGUUAUGCUUACCAACUCUGUGAAUCAAAGGCCCAGGUAAAGACUUAUUUUUGCUUGAAUUAUCCAGAAUUAUUGCCUCCAUCCUCUCCGUCACCAAAAAGAAAUAGCAACUUGGUUGGUACUUCUUCCUGCUGAAUGACUUUUUUUUCCAUACAUGCCAUUUUCAUUGUGCAUUACAGCCAAUGAAAGAUCUUGAAAAUGCAAACGGAAAAAUAUGGUGCAGAGCUUAAAUUUGGCUUAAGGGUCCAAGAAUAGGCUUUCCUUUUUUAAAAUAUUAUGCACAAUACAUAGAAAUAUAGACUAAAUUCCAUCUUUCUAAAAAUCCAUGACUAUUUUAUAAAUAUUCAUUUAGGAAAGAGUUCAAUUAUGAUCUGCCAAGUUAAACCAAAAAGAAAAAGAUGUAUGUAUAAUGCUUCUGGAAGGAAGUGAUCUCCAAAAUUUCUUCUAUGGACAAUGUUGAAUAGUAUCUUACCAAAUGGUGAUGUGUCACCAUUUCUUUUCCUAAAUAAAGUAUAAUCAUAUAUCCCAGAAGGGAGGCAAAAGGAAAACACAAGCAUUAACUCAAGCUAGUUCAAAUCAUCACGUUGCUGGGAUGAAGAAAACAGCAAAAUAAACAAAAGUAUGUUUCCUGAAACUAAGCAGAAAACAAAAAGCAAAAUGUGUUAAUGAAAAUGGAAUGUAGACUAUUAUGUAAACUUCCUUGUAAAUUCUGUACAUAGUUCAUCGAACUGUUCCCUGUGGCGUGGUGGUCCUCAGCUUUGGGUGGAUGUUUGAAAAAAUCUGAGCAUUGUAAAUAAUGUAAGCUUAUAAAGCAUUUGCUUUUAUUCAUGAAGUGAAAUGACUAGUGAUUUGGGCCCAAACCAGAACUUUUUCGGCUCUUGCUCUUUUUCUGCUGUUGUGUAGUGCAGUUGUGUCAUCCUGCUAUAAGCCAUAGCCAGGUGUCUGUGAUCACUGCCUCAUGCUCCUAUGCCACUGUAAGGGACAGCAGCUGCCAGAAGGCCACAAGUCUGCAGGACCUAGGAACAGCGCUCCAGCAGAAAUGGGAACUGGGUCCAGCUGCUCCUUGAACCAUGUUGUGAAAAGUAGCUGUGUUUUUAUCAGUCACUUGUGGCUAUUCGUAUCUUCAGAUACUGAAUUAUCCAUGCCAUUGAGGGGUCAGGAAUGGAAGAGAUUCUUAAAAUUCACAAGUGAUCCAAAGCUUCACUGUGCCAGUACCUUUAGCUUCUAACUUCUCUUCUAUCAUGUUUCCCAGAACUUUUUAAUAACAAUAAAAAUGAAUAGAAGGGACGGUCUGAUUAGGAGAAACAGGCAAAGGACAGUAUAGUAAAUGGCCUUAUAACACUAACUGGUUGAUUGAUACCCAAAAGAUCCAGAGGUAACCAUGCUAUUAUUGUUUAAAAGUAAAGAGAAAUGCAGUAUUGGCAUAAACUGACUAGUAGUUAAAAAUGAUAAGGACUUUUCAACUGGGGACAAGAAUAUAUGUACAUGCUACUUAAACUUAUUAAAAAGAGUCUGAUAAUUUACAUUCUGAAAUGUCUUUUCCCCUAGUAUUGAUAUUCCUGAAAAAAAUCUACAGAAUAUGGAUAUUGUGCCAAAAGAUGUGCUUCCAUGAAAACUGGCAAUCCCAGAGAGGGUGAUGAUGUCUACAGAAUUUUAUUAUAUCUCAGCAUUUGGAACAGAAACUAGUUUGUUAGUAUUGUGUUAAAAAGAACAAUGACUUUCCUCGAUGUAAUGGAUUAGCAAGACAGGAAUUAUGCCAACAUUUUAAGUCCUAGGACUGUAUACACAGGGAACCAUUAUUGUUCCAAAAUGUGCCCAUAGGGUCCAAUAUCAAUUGAAUUUUUUUGAAUGCCUUGUUUGAAGUAAUGAGAUCAGUUGGUUUCUACUUCCAGAAUAUAUUGUCCUUUUAUUUUAAAUAAACUUUUUAGACGAUUAAAAUCAA